AUGGCUUCCUUUUCCAGCGCCAUUUACAACACGCUAUUCAAGCGAAACUCGGUCUACGUGACCUCCAUUUUUGCAGGCGCUUUCGUGUUCGGAAUCGCCUUUGACGCUGGCACACAAAGGCUCUGGGACGCCCACAACAGAGGAAAGCAAUGGAAGGACAUUCGUGACAAAGUCGCUCCUUCGGAUGGCGAGUAA